AUGUCGUGUCCUCAUCUGGAGUCCUUCAGACUCACCCCUCCGACGCCCUUGCAGUCUGUCUAUCGAGAAGACUGCACACAGUGCUUUGACUCUAUAGACGAUGCCACCGGCCUCGAUGUAUGCCUCCUGUGUUUCAACGGUGGCUGUGCCGGCACUCGCCUGCAUUCCAACCUUCACGGUUCCCUUAUGAGCCAUCCUCUAGUUCUAAAUAUCCGUCGGACUCGGAAGGCAGUCGUUCGAGACGAGCCGCCCGCAAAGAUGUCUAAGCUAGCCAUUGCUGCUGAAACCGAGGAGGAUCGAUACGACAUGGCGCUCGCAGCAAGAUGUCUCGACUGCAAUAUAAACCUGGAUAUUACAAACUCAAAGCUAACCCCAGUUGUAGAUGGCAUCAUGAAGGCAAACACCUUUUCUCGAAAGGAAGAGGUAAAGGCCUGGGAGCAGGAGCUUACCAGCUGUGAACACAUAUUGCUUCUGCAACAGCAUGAGUCCCGCGAAAUUGAGCAAGGCCAACUUGGGCAUUGUUCGAUGUGCGAUUUGCGGGAGAAUCUCUGGCUGUGCUUAGAGUGUGGUAACCUGGGCUGUGGUCGCAAACAGCUGGGGGGCGUUGAUGGAAACUCGCAUGCUCUAGCUCAUUCCAAGCAAAUCGGUCACGGCGUGGCGGUCAAGCUAGGAUCCAUCACCCCUGAAGGCACAGCCGACAUCUACUGCUACAAAUGUGACGAAGAACGGAUCGACGAAAAUCUGGGCGAGCAUCUCGCGCAUUGGGGCAUUAUGCUGGCCGAGCGGCAAAAGACGGAGAAGAGUCUCACCGAGAUGCAAAUCGAACAAAAUCUGAAGUGGGACUUCAGUAUGACCACUGAAGAUGGCAAAGAGCUUAAGCCAUUGUUUGGACCAGGCCUUACGGGUUUGAGGAACUUGGGAAACAGCUGCUACCUCGCCAGCAUCUUGCAGUGUCUCUUCGACCUGGUUGCAUUCCGUGACCGCUACUUUCGGCCAAACGAUGACCUGCCGGUGGUGGAGGAACCGGCGGCAGAUUUGGAAACUCAACUGCGGAAGAUGGCCGACGGACUUUGGUCUGGUCGCUAUUCAAAGCCCGAUGUUGAUCUGUCAACGGACUCGGACGUUCGCCACCAAAAAGGUUUGGCGCCUGCCAUGCUGAAACAUUUGAUUGGCCGAGGUCAUAACGAGUUCUCUACUAUGCGGCAACAAGACGCAUUUGAGCUGCUGCAACAUCUUUUCAAACUAAUCACAAGAUCGCUUCACCCAGGCGACCUGAAGGACCCGACCUCACAGUUCAGAUUUGUCUUGGAACAGAAACUUCAGUGCCUGAGCUGCAAUAAGGUCAAGUACAGUUUCAGCGAGCAGGAUAACCUCUUCAUCGACGUUCCUUUAGAGAAGCUCCCAGCAGAGGAUGGUUCCGAGACCCCUGGAGUUGGAUACAGACCUGUUUCAUUGAAGGAGUGUCUCGACAUCAUCACGGCACCUGAGAAAGUCGAACUGACAUGUUCAUCUUGCGGCGGCAAGGAUGGCUUCUCCAAGCAGUCCCUGUUCAAGACCUUUCCAGAAGCCCUAGCUGUCAAUGCCCGCAAGAUGACCAUGGUCAACUGGGUUCCCAUCAAAGUCGAUGUACCAGUCAUAAUCCCUGACGAGCCGUUCCUGUUGGACGAUUACCUGUCGAAAGGCUUACAGCCAUUUGAAGAGCAACUGCCCGAAGAGCCAGAACCGCAAACGGCAGCAUUUGUACCUGAUGCUACCGCCCUAGCAAUGCUUGAGGGCAUGGGCUUCCCUCUCAACCGCUGCGAAAAGGCACUGCACGCUACUGGGAACUCUGAUGCAAACGCCGCCAUGGAAUGGCUCUUUGCUCAUUUAGAAGACCCUGAUAUUGAUGCUCCUUUGGAUCUGGCAGGCGAGGGCAAAGGCGCUGCUGGCAACACAGCUGACCCAGAGAAGAUCGAAUUGCUGGGGGCCAUGGGCUUUGGCGCUCCACAGGCGAAAAAGGCACUCAAGGAGACGAGUGGUGACGUCGAACGAGCGGUAGAAUGGCUCUUCAGCCACCCAGAUGACCAGGGCUUGCUCGAGGAUGAGGCUGACGGCACUCAUGUCAGACCUGCCACGCCCAAAGAAUUCGCAGGCAGCGCAGCUCUCCCUGCCAAGUUCCAACUGCAGUCCAUCGUGUGCCACAAGGGAACAAGUAUUCACGCCGGACAUUACGUAGCAUUUAUCCGCAAGCAGUUGGGUAGCGAAGCCACUCCGAGUUGGGUCUUGUUCAACGAUGAAAAGGUUGUUGAAGCAACAGACGUGGACGAAAUGCGCAAAUUUGCAUAUGUCUACUUUUUCAACAGAGUGUAA